CGCAACUUCUUCUGCAUCAAAAUCUGUUCUGCUCUCGCGUACGUGAAAAACUACCACCCAGCAAUGGCUUCGAAAAUUCCGAUUUCAACUUUCUUCCUGAUUAUAGCAUCAAUGUUUCUUCUCUUCCAUACCGGCGAAGCCCUAAUUCCCUACACGAGAAGCCUGUGGGACACAAUGUUCCCAUCGGACGAUCCGUUCAGAAUCCUGGAGCAAUCUCCGCUGAACAUUCCUCGAAACCUUGAGACUCCCCUGGCUCUCGCACGUGCCGAUUGGAAGGAGACGCCGACCGAGCACGUGAUCGCGGUGGACAUUCCGGGGAUGAAGAAGGAGGACGUGAAGAUCGAGGUGGAGGAGAACAGAGUGGUGAGGAUAAGCGGGGAGAGGAAGGAGGAGGGCGAAGUGGAGGGCGAGAAAUGGCACAGAGCUGAAAGGACCAAUGGGAAGUUCUGGAGACAGUUCAGAAUGCCUGGGAAUGCAGAUUUGGAUCAGAUCAGAGCGAGAAUUGAAGAUGGGGUUCUGAGAAUUGUUGUGCCGAAGCACAAAGAAGAGACGAAGAGGCAACCUAAAGUGAUUAACAUUGCUGAGGAUCAAGCGGCUUCUGGAGAAGAUGUGAAGGCUACGAAGGCUUCAGCGUAAGAAUUAAGGAAGAAGAUCACAUGAAUCUGGAUUUUGUUCUUUUGUACUGUUCUUGAGGUUUUCGUUUGAAUCUACCUAACAAGAGUGUAAUAUAAUAUGAAAUAAAAGAAAGUGUUAGUCUGGGUUUUGAUACGAGUUCGUUCUUUAACUUGUGAUGAUCUUGAUGUUUUUGUUAAGGAAUCUCCUUACCGUUCCG